GCUAACCAACAGCGGAUAGGGAGGCAAGCAACUCUUGCUGCCAAGAAUACCACAGGCAAGGUCAAAAAGCCUUGUCGCUAUAAGCCAGGUACAGUCGCACUUAGGGAGAUACAAAGAUACCAGAAAUCAACCGAACUCCUCAUACAAAGACUGCCCUUUAUAAGGCUGGUUUGA